AUGGUACCUGCUCCAAAGAAGCAAAAGGCGUUGGCACAGAAGCUACCGAGAAACAGAACAUGGGACUGUGAAUAUGAUAUAUAUAGCCACUUGCAAGAGAAGAAUAGGGUCCUUAAAUGUGAAACUGAAAAGUUAAACUACUUCAAUACCCUUUUGCAGCACUUCGCUGUUGACGAUCAAAAGGGGGACCCAGAAUUGGUGCAAUUCAUGGAUGGUUUAUAUGGCAUUGUAAAGUCUCAGAUGCUUCAUCUUGAGUACACUAACGUAGAGAACAAAGCUGAAGAAAAGGGCAUGGAUGAUGAUGACAACGAUGAAGGUGUGAUAGUGGAUCCCCAACAUAAAUAUUUCAUGGAUCAUGUGAGGCCUAUUGGAAAAUCUUAUGUACUAGAUAUCCCUGAGGAUGGUGUCUAUGUAGAGUAUGAGCUUGAAUCAUCAAGUCCUGAGAGCGCAGCUACCUACACCACCAGUUAUGCAAAUCAUGUUUAUGAAGAGGUCGAUGUGUGCUUAGAUACAGAUAUGCAUGUGAAUUCUCUUGCAAACUGUAAGAGUCCUAAUGUUAUUAACAAUCUUGUGAAGCGUAGGGGUAGGAAGCCAAAAGGUGCAAAACUCAGUGCUGCUGUGAAUAGCAAUGUUAAGAGCAGUAAUGUGACUUCUAAGGCACAGAAACGUGUACAUAACUUGAUGGGUGAGCACAGGAGUAAGAAGUUGAAAACCCCACCUAGCACAGCAGUAUUGGUGGUAAUUAAAGAUAGUGAUGAUGCAGAAGAAGAUACAAGAAGGUCUGCGCAAGGCCAGAUUGUGGAACAUUGUUGGCAUAAAUAUCAUGAAGGCAAUGCAACUACACCUUUCAAAGAAAAACUCAUGGAAGAACUUAGGGCUCCUUUCUGUGAGGAAGAGUACAAGAGGCUUUUACACGACAUUACUGUUCGAAAACCAGUCCAACACCACAGAGACCUGCGUGGACGUAUCAAAAUCUAUGACAAACAUUAUCUCGGAAAGUCUUAUCUUGAUUUUAAUUUUGAUCUUGCUGAGAAAAUAAAAACAGCUCGUGAUGAUCAUCCCAGAGUUCUGAAUCUCCUGCGUGGAUUUUUCUAUUGGUUGAAAAAUUUAUCACAUGAUGGAGCAUUCUUGCCAUGGAGAGAUCCGUCUUGUUUGGAUGUACUUCCACAACAGUCGGAAGGAUAG